AGUCGAAAUAUAAAGGAAAAUCAGCUGUAUACAAAAAAAUAUGGAUAUCAACGACAUUGGUAUAGACAGUAGUCAAUCUUAUACACCAAUAUCUGAAAUAUACGCUCGCCGAUUGUCAAAUAACAAAUUCAUAGAUCUAGGCUUAUUUGGAAUAAAUUCUCCAACAACAACUAUAUAUUCUAACAACGAUAAAAGUGAACAAGUUUAUGCUAUAACAUCAAAAAGUGAGAAGGAGGAGAGUUUUAAUGUUAACCCUUCAAAUAAUAUGGAGAGUACAAGUUGCAUAAAAUUACCAAAAUUACCAUUCAAGAAUCGAGAUAGAAAAGAUUUUGAUACUGUUAAUCGAGUAGUGUUAGAUAAUCAUCGGAAAGAAGAAAAAUUUGAUUUUCACGAGAAUAAACUUGAUAUUUACAAGAAAAUUGACGAUGGUAAACCGGUAAAGAACUCAACAAAUUGGUGUUGUCUAAAUAUCUUUUCAAAGCAGAAGCAUUUCAAAAAGAAAAGAGGUUCGGUUAAAUACGAAAUGUUGAAUCGUUAUUAAAAACGUACAAGCAUUAGCUGGUGGGUGUGGUCAAUAUAUAAAAAAGUUCAAAAUUUCAAUUUUAUAAUGAUAUUUUCCAUAAAUAAUAUUUUUUAAAAGUUUAGCUUUAAAUUUUGUUUUUAUCCUUAUCUUUUAUUCUUUAUCUUCUUGAAACGAAGAGAAGAAAUAGAUAGAAACAUAACAAAAAGAAAGAUAAAAAAAAACACAGAGUAAUUUAAACAUAUUCUGUAAAGAGGAAACGUUCAAAAUAUUUCUAUAUUAUUUGUUUCUUGCCAUAAAAUUUUCAAUAAACAUACUUUUCAAUUCGUUAAAAUAUAGAUUAGACGUUCAUCUCAACUAUUAUUCUUUUUUUUGAAUAUUGAUAAGAGAUAAAAGUAUCU